AUUCAGUGAGGAUAUACAAACCAAUUAAGCUUAGGUAAAACACAUUCCUCAACAAAGUUGUUUCAUAAUCAACUAAACUAACCCUAUUCCAGUUCCAGCUAAAAAUGGCAUCCGCAUCAAUGAACCCUGCCACAAUCCUCGCCAUUGGCACUGCUAACCCUCCAAACGUAAUGUAUCAAUCUGAUUAUCCAGAUUACCAUUUCCGUACCACAAACAGCGAUCAUUUGACUGAUCUUAAGGCCAAGUUCAAGCGCAUAUGCGAUAAAUCUAUGAUAAGGAAACGUCACUUUUACAUGAAUGAAGAAAUCUUGAAAGAAAAUCCUCAUUUAGGUGAUAAUAAUGCUUCUUCCAUUGGAACUCGUCAAGCUCUGUGUGCUAAUGAGAUUCCCAAACUUGGGAAAGAGGCUGCUGAGAAGGCCAUUAAAGAGUGGGGAAAACCCAAGUCAAUGAUCACCCAUCUUAUCUUUGGCACUAACUCGGACUUCGAUUUACCUGGGGCCGACUUUCGGCUAGCCAAGCUUCUCGGCCUCCAGCCAACGGUAAAGCGAUUUAUCCUGCCUCUAGGUGCUUGUCAUGCAGGCGGUACAGCCCUUCGUAUAGCCAAGGACAUUGCUGAGAACAACCGUGGCGCUCGUGUAUUGGUUAUUUGCUCAGAGAGUACUGCCAUUAGUUUCCAUGCCCCAAGCGAGACCCACCUAGUGUCACUUGCCAUAUUUGGAGAUGGCGCCGGGGCAAUGAUUGUGGGUACUGAUCCUGAUGAGCCUAGUGAGCGACCCCUCUUUCAGCUUGUUUCGGCCGGGCAGAUUACAUUACCAGAUUCAGAAGAUGGUAUUCAAGCUCGCCUUAGUGAGAUUGGUAUGACCAUUCACUUAAGUCCCGAUGUCCCCAAAAUUAUAGCUAAAAACAUCCAAACUUUGUUAAGUGAAUCGUUUGAUCAUAUUGGGAUUAGUAAUUGGAAUUCAAUUUUUUGGGUUGCUCACCCUGGAGGACCAGCAAUAUUGGACAAGGUGGAAGCCAAACUUGAACUCGAGACGAGCAAGCUGAGUACUAGUAGGCACAUACUAAGUGAGUAUGGGAAUAUGUGGGGUGCAAGUGUGAUAUUUGUAAUGGAUGAGAUGAGUAAGAGGUCAUUGAAAGAGGGCAAAUCAACUACUGGAGAAGGAUGUGAAUGGGGUGUGCUUGUUGCCUUUGGUCCAGGCAUUACAGUUGAAACUAUCGUUCUUCGUAGUAUGCCAAUUAAUUAUUAACUAUUUAGCUACGAUGACAUUUGAAUGCAUUCGGAUAUGAUAAAAUGUAUUAUUGUGAUACAUUUUCAUCAAAUACCUCUUUUGCAAUGUUAUUUUAGAAAAUAAAUAAUGUAUCAUAGUUUAAAAGGUGGUACCGCUAAUAGCACGCUGCAUGUCUAUGUCACGUCUAUGUUAGAGGGACGUUGUGUAUGUUGACUCAUAUAGUACGCCUCUUUAGUUAACCAUUCUAUUUGAUUUCUUUAUUUUUUUAAUUAAAUGUGACGACGAACGCCUUAAUUAACCGUUCUAUUUGAUUUUAAAAUAUUAAUUUUUUUUUAUAUAUCUAAGCUCAUUCUCAACCAGCCGUUCAUAGCUUACAUGUAUUCAAAACUUUCACCUCUUUAUCUCUCCUUCUCAGUGUCGGCCCACUUAGAGAGCUCCUCCAUGAUUCUAAUCUAACCC